GGCAGACGGGAGUCGCGCUCGCAUGCCAUGGACGAGCGUUGCGCCGUGUGCGUCGAGUGCGUGACGCAGGCGCACGCCCAGGCCGAGAUGGUGCGUCGGACGCGCCGCAGCAACGUGUACCGUGCACCCUCAGCGGUCAGCUUCCAGCGGGCAUUAUUGGCGCCCGACGAGUGCGAUUGUUGGCGCCGCGACGAGGCGCUGCAGCGCAAGGAGGCCGUCUUUAGGCAGAUCUACCCUGCCAGGUCACCGCCGGCCUCCACCUGGCGACACUGCCCUGACGAGUGCGAGCCAGAGGACUUUGAGCCCUUCUCGGACAGCUGCGCAGAGUCCGAGUCGAUGAACGAGGCCGACCAGUUGGGACAGAUCGACCUGAGGCUGUUCGAGCCGGCCCUCAACGACGAAAGGUGCUUCUGCUGCAAUCCGCCGCCCCUGCAAGACCAGCUGCACGACGAGGAGUCGCUGGAUGAGAAGGACGACGAGGUCGACGCUUCCAGCCUGCUGUCCGCCGGAUCCAGGACCUACCAGUUCAUUACCAGUGUCGCGAGAAAGCUAUCCUCCGCCUCAGACAAAGAACCACAAAUUGGUCACCGUGCUGCUGGGAACAUAAAAAAUGACCGCGGCGUUAGUUUGGUCACCUGGGAGCCGUUCUUCUGCGUGCUGCUGCAAGAUGAGCAAACGUUCACCACGUACCGAAGCGAGGAAAUGGCCAUAUUUCCUGGGACUCCGACACGGCCCCGCUUUCCUCACUUCAAGAUCGGUGAUUCUUUGUUCGUGGAUUUGCCGAGGGUGCGUCUCGACGGCGGCGCCAAGGCCUUCCGCCAGAAAUGGGGCUACGAGCCGUGUCCGCCGCCCCCGCUGCUCGAGGAGGAAGAGGGUGUCAUCCCCGAGGGCGAUGAGGACGAGGACAGCAGCGUCGCAGACUGCACGUCUCUCAGGGAGGAAGGAUACCUGUACUCUGCAGCACCUGCAGGUGAGUUGUCUAGCAAGAAGUCGGUUUCACUACCCAGAGCAUUCGCAAAUCCCGAACUGCUCAAAUUGCAAGUGUUUUCGUCAGAUGACACUUCUUACGAGAAGGCAUGCAGCAACCCACGCAGGGGCAGUGCCCCCGCCACCCCUGUCCUGGGCUCAAGAGGUCUCGAGUUGACCCCCUCCAGGAUUGUCAAUUUCUUCUCCAAACGAUCGUUCCGCUCGAAUCCUCUAAAACGGACCAAGAGUGUGACGAAGUUGGAGCGAAAGCGCAGUGGCGUCAUGGAACCAGAAAGCAGUGCUGGACUGGAUGGGCCUCCACGGCUGAGAACCUCGCGUUCGCAUGAAUCCCUGCUGUGCGGCCAAAAUAUGAUGCAGACGCUCGACUUGGCUGCCGAGGGCGUCGAAAUAAAACCCCUGCACCCUUCUGUGCUUGGAAGAGAAAAUUGCUUUCAGGUGACCACAAGUCCAUCACAGGGUAAUGGAGGCAUUCGAUAUUUCUCAUGCAGAACCGCUGAGGAGAGGGACAAGUGGGUGCACAGUCUGCGGAGGACAGUGCAACCCGAUCAGGAUCACAAACGCCGCGCCGACAGCUCGCUGCAGUUUUGGAUUCUAGAAGCCAAGGGAAUUCCGAACAAAAAGAGAUAUUUCUGCGAGCUGUAUUUGGACCGCACGCUUUACGCCCGGACGUCGUGCAAACAAAAAGGCGAAAUAUGUUUUUGGGGCGAGCAGUUUGAAUUUAAUGGCCUCCCGUCAGUCAACACGAUCAAUGUCCACCUUUACCGGGAGGCAGACAGGAAACGAAAACGGGACAAAGGCACGAUAAUAGGCACUGUCAAUAUUCCUGUCCAUGACAUAGCGUCGCGCUAUCUCUCCGAAAAGUGGUACCCUGUGUUGCCUCCGAUUUCCUCGUCUGGCUCGACCAACGGCAGCAAAGACUCACCAGCGCUGAGAAUUAAAUGCAGGUUCCAAACCAUUGACAUCCUGCCGAUUGCCAACUAUCAGGAUUUCCUGGAUCUCCUGAAAAAAGACUACUUGAAUAUUUGCGAACUGCUGGAACCAGCGGUUGGCGUCAAGGCCAAAGAGGACAUUGCCACUGCCCUUGUGCAUGUAAUGCAGAAAGAAGGACUUGCCAAAAAUUUCUUGGCUGAUGUUGUUAUGCUAGAUAUUGACCGCGUUGAUGAUGAGCGGCUUACGUUCCGAGGGAAUUCUCUUGCGACAAAAGCGAUGGAGGCGUAUUUGAAGCUGGUUGGCGACUCAUACUUGCGCUCCACGCUGGCGCAAUUUGUGGCUGAGGUCAACCUGGGUCAGGAGGAAUGCGAGGUUGACCCUCUGAAGGUUGGAAGCCAAACUGCCCUACAGAAGCAGCAGAAGAAUCUCAGAUCCAAAGUAGAACUGGCUUGGAGCAAAAUCCUCUCUUCUCGCCACUCAUUCCCAACGGAGCUCAGGGAAGUUUUCCACACAUUCAGGCUCAGGCUCAUGCAAGCGGAAAGGGAGGACAUCAGUGAUAAUCUGAUUUCUGCAUCAAUUUUCCUGAGAUUCCUUUGCCCAGCUAUUCUCUCACCCAGUCUCUUUGGAAUCACGCAUGAAUAUCCAAAUGAGCGAACAGCGCGGAAUUUGACAUUAGUGGCCAAGACACUGCAAACCUUGGCCAACUUCACCAGAUUCCAAGGCAAGGAGAACUUCAUGGAGUUCCUCAACGAUUUUAUUGAGCGCGAGGCUAAUGCCAUGAAGAACUACCUCCGAACUAUUUCUAGUCCUUUAGAUCGCAGCGUUCCCGAAUUCGACGGUUUCAUUGACCUGGGCAAGCAGCUAAGCAUCCUGCAAACUCUGCUAACCGAGAGCCUUCCAAAAUGCUCGACAAGCGGUCCCGGCUCUUCAAGUCUCGAUCGCCUGACCAAAGUGCUGGACAACCUGAGAGUGUCAGCCAUCACGCCAGUGCAGACCAACGGCGGCACCAGCCACCACCCACCUGUGAUGCGCCAGCAUUCCUCCCCGGCGCCCAUGACGCCCAGACUCGCGCUUGUCUCGCAAAAUGUCCAGACCAAUGGCACUGCCCACAGACACUCGACGGACAGCGCCUCGCACAGUUACCAGUCCCUGCAGAGGAACAUCUUCAGGUUCAACGACCCCACGAUCAACUGCCCCGCAGAGAGCCUGACCAUCAAGCAGAUGUCUCCGAUGGCCACCAGAGCCUCCACCCUGCCACGAAACUCUCACCUGCCGCCACCGCGUCUGCAGGAGAACGGCCACCGGUCGCCGUUGCCAGUAAAGAGGGAAAUCUCAGAUGACACCUCGUCCAACGAAGCCGACCACAAGGGCAGCCAACUGAGCAUUUCUCAGCUGUCCAACGUCGCUUCAUCUGGCUACCAAAGCUUUGCCUACAGCCAGAGCUCCUCGCCCGUUGACCCUGGAACCAGAGCCGCCCCGCUGAAGCCGGCCCUGGCCUUCAACAACCCUGUCUAUCACAUGCCCACUCCCCCGCAUCGCAACCAGAGUGGUUUGUCAAGGCGCCGGCCGGAGCCAUCGUGCAGCUCAAGCGACGAGGACUCUACCCCUCCGCCCAGCCCCCGCCCCAGACUGCCGGCCCGGCCACCCGCGCCGAGGACCAACCCCCACCAGAGCUUGGGCUGGAGGGCUGCGCAGCCGCAGUAUCCCCAGUUGGCUCAGCUGAAGGGCAGAAGGAGACACUCUGACGAGUUGUCUGAUGAUUCUUCGACAGAAGACCGGCUCAGCAACAGCAGAGGGGUCAUCAGCAUUGUGCCCUCGCCCAGCAUUGGACCCCCGCCACCAAAGACACCUGAACAGUACGAAAGAGAAAUUCACCAAUUACAACUUUAUGUUGAGAGACUUGAGGGUCAGUUGGCCCUUGCCGCUGCGAAACAAGUUGAGCACCGCAGCCACACUGACUGGGCCAGCGCUUUAGAUAGAUCACAAAGACUGGUUCAAGCUCAGGAGGCUCGUCUGGAAGCAGUCGAAGCAGCCAAUGAGCGGCUGGUGACAGCACUGCAGCUGCUCAAGGAGCGUUGCGCCAUACAAGCCAAAAACGGAGCCCUCACUAACAACAACAAUAACAACAACAACGACAGUGUCACCACCAAUGGCGCCAUGAGAUCGCCUGCCGCCAGUCUGUUGGCAGAGCUGGCCGAACUGAGGAGCAGCUCCUGCUAAGAACCUCACAGCUUUUACUAACCGCGCACUCUUUGUUAGAAGUACAAUUCUUUGUAUUAGUGGCGAGCCAAAUAUUCUUCAAACUCUUUCUCUUGUAUAAAUAUUGCCUCUUUCACUCGCUUAAAUGUAUGCCUUGAGCUUGACAAAUAUCAAAGAAGAUUUUGUGCAUUGGAUUGAUAAACAUCAAGCUAAAAUGACCUGUUAUUAAACCGGAAAGAUGCUCUUCUCUGCUGAUAUGAUACUCCUCAUAGCCAAGGCUUGUAUUUCACUCAAAAGACUUCUGCAUUAUGAAAGUAUUCUCAGCACAAGAUAUUUUCCCCAUAAUAUUCUUGUAAAGCACUUUGCUCUUGUUUUGCUUUGAUUAUGUAUUCAAAAUGUAUUCUCUCACUAAAGAAUAGCAGGCAAAAAUGUACACACAUUAUUAUGUAGUGUAAAAACACGAAUGUUAGUAAAACAUGUAGAUGUGCUUAUAUAUUGUAAACUUAAAUUAGAAUUAUGUUCAACGUCUCUGCCAAGAAUAUCAUUUUAUUAUUUGACGCUACGUCUUGUAUAAAAUAUGCUUUUUCAUUUGUUAUCUCAGCGAAUUGUGUAUUAUCAAAACUAUUUAAUUCUUUGUUGAAAGUCUGGCAGAAUGGUUUUGUCAGAUUUAAAAUUUUUAAGAAAAUAAACCAAGAUCCUCAGUAGCCGA